UCGUAGCGAGCGGAAGGAGGCGGCCGGGCUGCGGUCGAUAGUUGCUGGGGCGCAGGCGCGGGGUCUUGACGCCUGAGGGGCUAUAAGAACACGCCAGUCCGCCGGCAGGCUGAUACGCGGCUGCCGGCAGCCAGCGUCCGCAAGGGCGCACGCGGACCCGCAAAACAUGCAUACGAGCCGUCCGCGCGGCGUGCACAGCAUCGCGCUAGUGCUGUCUCUUGCGAUUGCCUGGUUGCCUCAUGCCGACCAUGCCGCGGGAGCGGGAGGAGGGGGGAUGUUUGGUGACGUCAAUAUCUCAGCCAUUUUGGAUUCGCUAAGUGUAAGCUACGACAAAAGAGUGAGGCCGAACUAUGGAGGACCGCCAGUGGAUGUGGGAGUCACCAUGUACGUGCUAUCCAUCAGCUCCUUAUCUGAAGUGAAAAUGGAUUUCACGCUGGAUUUCUACUUCAGACAAUUUUGGACAGACCCCAGGCUUGCUUACAAAAAAAGGACGGGUGUGGAGACCCUGUCCGUUGGCUCGGAAUUUAUUAGAAACAUAUGGGUACCCGACACCUUCUUCGUUAACGAAAAACAGUCUUAUUUCCACAUAGCUACUACAAGCAACGAAUUCAUACGCAUUCAUCAUUCUGGAUCUAUUACUAGGAGUAUAAGACUGACUAUCACCGCUUCUUGUCCGAUGGAUUUGCAGUAUUUUCCGAUGGACCGUCAAUUAUGCAAUAUUGAAAUCGAAAGUUUUGGCUACACCAUGCGGGACAUCCGAUACAAGUGGAAUGAGGGGCCCAACUCAGUGGGCGUGUCGAGCGAAGUGUCUUUGCCGCAAUUCAAGGUGCUGGGCCAUCGGCAGCGGGCUAUGGAGAUUUCUCUUACAACAGGAAACUACUCUCGUCUGGCAUGUGAAAUUCAAUUUGUGCGCUCGAUGGGAUACUAUUUAAUUCAGAUAUAUAUUCCUUCUGGCCUUAUUGUCAUUAUAUCUUGGGUGUCAUUUUGGUUGAACCGAAACGCGACACCUGCAAGGGUGUCACUAGGUGUCACCACUGUAUUGACUAUGACGACGCUCAUGUCGUCCACUAAUGCUGCUCUGCCCAAGAUCUCAUAUGUCAAAUCCAUCGAUGUCUAUCUGGGAACCUGUUUCGUCAUGGUCUUCGCCAGUUUACUAGAAUAUGCCACAGUUGGCUAUAUGGCUAAAAGGAUACAGAUGAGGAAACAAAGAUUUACUGCUGUUCAGAAAAUGGCCGCUGAAAAGAAAAUGCAAAUUGAUGGUCCUCCAGGGUCAGCUGAGCCUGUCCCCCCACCGAGGACGAGCACCUUGUCCAGGCCACCACCCCCUAGCCGAUUAUCGGAGGUUCGGUUCAAAGUUCACGAUCCGAAGGCAUAUUCUAAAGGUGGCACCUUAGAAAACACUAUCAAUGGCGCACGGGGCCCAGCCCCAGGACCUGCCCCACCGGCUGAUGAAGAAGCUGGACCACCCCCACAUCUCGUUCAUGCAUCCAAGGGUAUCAACAAAUUGCUCGGCACGACUCCCUCGGACAUCGACAAGUACUCGCGCAUCGUGUUCCCCGUCUGCUUCGUUUGCUUUAACCUUAUGUACUGGAUCAUUUACCUUCACGUAUCUGACGUCGUGGCUGAUGACUUGGUACUACUAGGCGAAGAAAAUUGAAUUAUCUUUUACUAUACCGGACUUGUUUUAACUUAGGGUGCUUAUGAUCAGCCAUCCAUCAAGUUUCGGUAAAGUUCUUUAAAUCCUAGAAACGCUCAGUAAACUAUUAGCGUUCUUUGUAUUUAUAAAUAUAAUAGUACAGAUCACUAUGUUUAUUAUAGAUAAGUGUCGUGUAUAUUGGCACUGGUAAUAUUAAUUCUUUAGAAAAUAGAGAUAAUAUAAAGUUCAAAUAUAUGAGUCAAUCUGUCUAAGAGACAAAAUGUUAUACCUUCAAUAGUAAUCAGUCUAUAAAUAAAGUUGUAUGUAUACAGAAAAAACUGUGCGGUUUUAAAGUUAUUUACAUUUAAAUAGAUUGCAAUACAGCCCUAGUUAGUUUACAAAAUACUUACUAAAUGCAGUUCUAUGCGCUAUUUCUUGGUAACUUCAAACGAUGGCUGUCUUUACUUCUCGUAUUGAUUAAGUAGCUGCAGUUAUAUUGAGUAUCUUCACCCAUAACAUUAAAAAGUACAUUGUUUGAAGAGACGUCUCCUAAACUGCUUUCCAACUGUGCCCUUAGAAAACUGACUAAUGAUUGUAUCUUUAUCCGCCAAAACUUAAAUAGAAGAGUCUAAUGCUACUGUAGUUGUAACACAUUCAAAUGAUAACUAUUCAGUAAUGAUAUUAAAUUAGUGUAAAACUAUUGUAUCUACCAAAACAAAUCAGUAUUACUAGUUUAAGAUUCCGUAACAUUCAUUUAGUUUAUUUAGAUGCAGAUACUUACAUCUUAGACAGUCAUAGACCCUUGUAAUAUAGGUACAUAGUGCCUCAUCCCCCAGUGAUACUGUCACUGCUCGUGAAUCUACCUUUAGAGUCUGUCAGUAGUUUAGUUAAUCUAUCAAGGAGUUAAUCUAAAACGAUGGAAUUUUAUGAGGACUUGAUUGUACAAUUACGACCGUGGGUCCUUUCUAGGGCAAUGUGUAAAUAAUUUAUACAUAAUUAUAUUUAUACGACUAGGAUAUACACGAUUGCUCUAGUUAAAAAGUUAUUAUGUUCAAUUUAACAUGUAUACACCGGUAAUACACUUCAAAUUAAAUCUAGUGCACAGAACACUUUUUCUACGUAGUUUAAAAUUUACGUGUAUCAAUGAAUACUUAUAAUAUAUUAGAUCUGAAGGCGUAACACGACCCAAUAUAUUCAAAAGAUUGGCCGGUCAUAUCGAUCUCGGAUUCUUAUUUUUCCUAUCCAAAUCAAAAAUGGAUAGCGAUCGAGCGUGUUUCUCCCAUGCCAUAAUGAUACGCGGGUGAUAGGUCAAUAGCACUGUUAUACCUAAUGUACGUUUAAAUUAUAUUUAGUAAGUAUGGUAAUCGAUAAGAAUAAAUGAGUAAAGGGAAAUGAAGAGUUUCGUAGAGUACCGUUUAUAGAGCUGUGACUAUUCUAAGUUUUGAUCACAGCAUUAAUUGAAAUUAUUAAUAAACUUAAGAAACUAAUAACUAAUAUUAAAGGGAAGUAAUUCUUCGUUUUGUUUUACCUUUAAAGGCUUGUAGAUAGUUUGAUUGAUAUUGUUUGAAUUGAUGUGUUCCAACUUAUUUGAAGAAACGUUUGUAACGUUUUAUCAAACAAUACUUCCUUGUUGUGACUCCAGUUUUUAAAUAUUUACAAUAUCAUUUUGGAGUAUUUUAAGAUUUGAGCAGCGUGCCAUAUCUUGUUAGAAUGAUCCCAAAUUAUUUAUUUCUGAAUUUGCUCAACGUUUUUCAAAGACACUAUUUAUAAAUAUAUAUUUAAGGGAGUGGGAAUAGGAAUGUAAUAAAUAGGAUAGGGAUUAAUAUUUUAAAGCAAUUAUAAUUUGCCUCCUAUUUAUAUCCACAUACUCAGACUGUGCAUUAAGACUAGAUUUGAAUAAAUUGUAUCAUUUAGAAGGUCUGCUUGGGUUCUAAAUAUAUUUAAAUUUAUUCAGUAAUACAAUAAAAUUAAUCCUAACAAUUGUAUAAAGACUGAGUCAAUAUUCUUUUAGUUCCUCAUAUUUACAGCUAAAAUGAACGUGACAGCCAUCUACGUUUCCUUGAUUACGUAAGUUCUUCUGUUUCUAUGAACCUACUGUAUAAAUCAAAAGUAUAAAUAAAUAUUGAUAUUUAAAAAGAUUAUUACCACGAAAGUGAUAAAACCUUUUCUGUUGUCAAAUAAAUGUAUGAAUUUCUUUAUAAAUCAUUUAGUAGUAGUUACUUACAAUCAGCCAAAAUGGAUAAGUGUGUCUUUAAAGAUUACUAUUAGUCGACCUUCAAAUGAACUAUAAAAAUUGUACAUGAAUAUGAAAAAAAAAGUAAGAUGUGAAAUUCGCAUUAUAUUGCACCUAGUUAGUAAGUAAGUAGCGUAGCUUAGCGUACGGGGAAGCGGGCGAGGCGCGCCGUGGGGACAACUCACGUCAGCAAUUGGAACUUCGUAGAUUCGUUUGAAACGGAAAACUUAUCGCUGAUCUUUUGCAGGGAGAGAAACCUAAUAUGCUAGUAUCGGUUCUACAAUGGCUCGUAAUUUGGACGUGAGCUCAAGCGCGCAUGGCCCGCAGACCUCUUUCGCGAAACCAAAUUCUAAAUCACAUUUAAAUGAAUCUAGCGUAAUUAAAGAAAUUAUACUGUGUGAGUAAAUCAAUUUAGAAAUCUAAGAUGAUGAUGAUGAUAAUUUAUUAAGAUAAGUAUCAAAAAUAAAAUAAAAUAUUCAAUGACAUAAAAAUAUAGGUAUAUUAUCACGUUCCCAGAUUAGCAUCUACCACUUCUGUCAAAGAAUUCAGACACGAUGAAAUAUUUUUGUUGCACUAUCAAAAACUUAUUAUACCUACACUAUUGUUAUUAUGGAUACAUUCUUUGUCGAGUUUUUAGGUACGGGCAAGUGACCAUCUGUGUACCCACGAAGUAGAGAAUGGUGUAUUUAAAUCAUCCAUGUACAACAAAGGCUGUCGAAAGUUUAUAUUCUAAACCAAAUUCUAAACUAAUACAGAUUUUUUAAAUUAUUGUAAGCUACAAAAAUCACUUACCGUCACUUGCACUUACGGCUUUAGGAAGUAGAUAUCUACCCUCACUGAUAUUGUUUUGCUAUGCAUUAAGUGUCAAGGCACUUGUUCUUCUUUGAAUAUACCGGAUGAUACAAAACAUAUUUUUGUUACUAAGUAUGUAGAUAUCACUCGCUUUAUAAAUCUACAACAGUUGGAACUUACUACAUACCUACAUACAAAAGAUUGAUUGAAUAUAUUAGAAAAUACGGACUCGAAUAGUGCCAAAUGCGAGGCUUUAAACUUUUAUUCGCUUUUUAUGACAAUAUUACUACCAUAUCUGUUUAAUUAAAUGUAAAAUGACUGUCAGUCUCAUUAGAUAUUUCAUACUUACGUUCGAUUCAAAGAUACUCAGACAAUAGUUAACUAUGUGAUGUAUAUAAAUUAUACAGUAUUUUGAAUCACUUAGACUUUGAGCAAUGGUUUGUUGUUGUUGUGCACGAGUUUGUAUACCGCUAUUGUAAAUAAACGUUAAACUGAUCUAUUCAGCAAAAAAUUAACUUCGUCAACAGACAGUGUAAUGUAAUGCAAAUGCAUAAAAUUAAUCUUAAUAUCAUCUUCUUUGUGCUUCACCUUGUUCGCCUGUGUUACGAAUGUUAUUUCUUUCAAUCAAGUGUUUUAUUGAAGUCAUAGUGUUACAGCGUGGCAUGCUAUGUACUUUGUUUUACGUUGAGAUCGAUUCUACUCUACGGCUAUUUUUGACUAAGUGACUACAUGGUGUUUAGUUUUACUUUAGUUGUAUAAAAAAAAUAUUUGUAUAUUUUUACUUUAAGUAAUUUUGGAAACUCAGGGUUCCCCUUUGUUUCGCCACAGAGAGGUUUCAAGUAAAAGUCAAUAAUUCGUGUAACGGUUUAUUACGCUUUGUAAAUACAUAUAGGUGCGGGACAAUGAUCACUACCAACUGGUUGUUAUGGUAAAUAUAGAUGCGGAACAAUGAUCACUACAUGUAAUCGUCAGUUAUUAAAACGACGAACGGAAAAGUAUCUGUCUCCAAGAUUUCGAGAGCUCUCCUGUUACCGGAGCGCGGUGUAGAAAAAAAUUCGUUCCAUAGAAAAACGUCAAAAAUUGCUACAGACUAAAUUAUGUAUAUAGUUGCCAGCGCACUGGCGUUCGGAAACGCCACAUAAUGAAAUAUUGGAACAAUUUUACUUGCAUGGUGAUAAUGAAAAUUAAUUUUUCAUGUUAUCUAUAAAAAACAGCACUGUAAAAACACAUUUACCUUAAAAACAAUACGACCAAGUAUAUUUAUGACAAUAAUUAAUAAACCAAAUAAAUGUCUUGUAACAACGUCUGAUAAUUAACAUCGAAUUAAAUUAAAUCCUGAAUAGUUGAAAUAGUUUCCAGUUGCUGUCAUAAAUGUCGUUGCGUUGUUAUUAUAUGUAUUUUUUUAUUCAGUACCUAUGACACAACAUAAAAUCUUUAUAAAGUAAGAGUAAUACUGACUCUGCAGUUCUUUGAUAAAAUUUUAAGGUUAUGAAUCUGCAAAUACAUAAGGAUACGUACAUCGAGGAUGACAUUGCAGAGAAUUCUACCACGAGUCAGCGCAUACUCGCCACUUAGCUAUUGGGUACCAAAACCAUGAUGCACCACCCGCGGCGUUACGCGUCCGCUAAAAGUCCCUUCCGACAUGGGCAUAACAUACAUUCCUAUACUGUGACUGUUGACACAAUGACAAAGCGCGACCGUCGCGAAUGGUCGACUUGGCCUUAGAUUCAGGCAACUUUUCGCACGUUCUAGUUAUAUAUGUUUAUGAAGCAAACAAGCAUUCUUGAGAGCAUUCUAUUCAUUAAUUGAGAACGCGGUUAGAACAGCUGCUCAAAAGAUGCUCUGUGUCCAUUUACAUUAAAAUAAUUGGUCACGGUAGGAAUAGAAUGAGUAUCGGCUGGUUUGAUGUAAAUGCAUAGUAACGCGUUGCAAUGAAGCAUCGUUCCAAUUCAUUUCUGAAGAAACACUGCGCGUACGAUCACUGACCGCCGAUGCUGAAUAAAUCGUCAGCCCUUGUCAUACAGGUUUUUUUUUUAGAAAGAGAUUCAACUAUGUAUAUGUUUUAUAUCACCUGCAGAUGAGUGUAUGGCUCUACAUUACACCGUCCGUUUCUUGAUAUGUCAAACUUAUAAAAGAAAGUGGAAUGUAAUGUACCUUACAGCUUUAACUAGUUAUACCUAAUGUAUAUUUUUGCUCGUUAAUUAAACUAUCAGAAUUUUAGCUUUUAAUAUUACAAAUCAUUUAAAUGUAAAUCGGUAGAAGUGAUGAGUACACUUAGUUUACAGAUUCACUGUCACCGCUAGCUAUAGACAACACGUAAGCAAAUACCUGGCACUACUUAAAAGAUCACCAAAAAAAUUAACUGUGAAAGUCAGGCUACCACGCGAAAUGUAGUUAUAACAUCCCAAAGAGAGAAAAUAUGGUCUGAGAUAGUUCUUUUUGGAUGUAAGAAGUUGAAGUGUUUGCGUAUAGCACACGUUUUAAAUCCCUGCAAACAAUAAAUCCGGCUGUUUUGAUUAGAUUGACAGCUCUGAAAGUUUAUACCGGCAAUAUUCAAUUAUGAAUUGUGUUGUACGUAAACGCUCUUGUAAUAACGGCUGGAAAUCCAAUUGGACUUCACACAGGAUAUUGGUUUGUGGUUAAACUGAUCAAAUCAUUAAAAUUUUCGGUUAAGAUGCCACGCAAUAAAAUGUUGCUAGUUCUAAAAAUAGUUGUUAAUUCUGUUUUAAACCUAUUUUGUGAAUCUACGUGAAUAUGCGUACGCAAACUUCUACUGAUUAGUUCAUGACGUAUUCUAAUAAGCAUUUGUUGAAUGAGUACCUUGAUUUCCAAAUGUGCUGUUUGCAGUGCGUUACUUAUAAAAACCUAUUUAAUGAAACUGACGUUGUAACUAAUUCUAAAUUAUAUAAUAUAUCAUUUGUUAUUGUUUGAGGCUGAGAGAAAUGAAACAAUCAAACUAUGAUCAUCUAAAAGUGUUGUGUUAAUGUGGAAGCAAGUUGUGUACUAUUUGUUUGAUUUAUUGAAAUGUUUAAUAAGAAUAAUAUACUUAUAUGUUAAAUUUGUGACUCAAAUAUCUUCCUCACUGCAAAACUAAAUUUUAUGGUACUGGUGUGGUUAAUGAUGUUGCUCAAACUGAAUAACUUUAAAACAAGUAGUUACAUUGUACGAAAUUUAGUUCUGUGAUCCAAUAAAUUAUAAUAUAUGAUCUG